AUGGAAGGUGGCGGCUGGGCAGCCGGAGGCCACGUUCUUGGCGCCGCCCAGGAACCGCGGGGGCAGCAGCAGCAGCAGCGGGAGGAGGCGAAGGAAACCGAGAGGAAGAAGGGCGCUGGCGCUGGCGGCGGCGGCAUGAAGUUCCGCGUGCGCGCGCGGGCGCCGCACGGCGUCGGGGCGCUACUGCUCAUCGGCGGAGCGGCCGUCGUCGGGGCCGCCGUCCUCGCGUGGCGCCGCUCGCGCCACGGCAACAAGGGUGGUGCCGUGGACCAGCCUGAGCGCCGGCUGACAGUGAAAGAAGAUGCUUUGGAUGGCGGAAUUGUCGAGGAUGGGAAGGUUCAGGGUGGCUCAUUGGUGAAGGAGCUUGGUCGGUCCGAUGAGAACUUGAGCGCGGGCAACACCGAUAUUGGAUCCAGUAGAUUGGAUGGCAACGUGUCAGAGGAAAGCCAUCAGAUUCACAAGGAUGAUGAAAUCACUGCAGAUAAAUUGGAGAGCAAGCAUGAGGAGAGAAUUAAUGAGAAUUCAGGCAGCAAUCCUGUCGAGGUCCACACGCACGAUCUGGAGAGCAAGCCUGAAGAGAAAAUUGAUGAGAAUUCAGGCAGCAAUCCUGUUGACGUUCACAUACAAGAUCUGGACAAAGAACAUGUCGAAAAAGUUGAGCAAAAGUCAAGCUGCAACCAUGUUGAGAUCACUGCGCAUGAUAUGUGUCAGGACAAUGAACAUGUUGAGAUAAUUGAUCACGUUGAAGGAAUUGAUCAGAAUUCAAGCAGGAACCCUGUCAAGAUCAUCAUUCAGGAAAUUGUCAAUGCUUGUUUGGUCAGUGGAAGUGUGGAGAAGGUUGAAAAGGACUCAAGCAAGGACAUUGAGAAAGAGAUAGCCCAAAAAGAUAAUAAAGAUAUGGAGGCUUCUGAUCAAAGCAAACUCUGCAUCAACAGUCCAGGGAUCAUCCUCAGUAAACACAAUGAUGAGAGUGAUGGUACUCAAGAGGCUGAAUCAAUGGAGAACACGCCGACGGCACAGCUGAUGAUGCAUCAAGACCAACUCUUAGAUGAUAUGGUUACUGAUACUGUUACAGAAACAGAAGAUACAGUUGCAGACACAGAAGAUACUGUUACAGAAACAGAAGAAGCAAAGCAAGGUGAAAGAACAAUCACAGACGAGAGUGAGCUUAAGCAGGACGAAAAGAAAGAUCUGGUAGGACUUGUUGAACUUGCCAGCUCACCAGCACUGUCAUCACUGGUUAAGCCAGAGUUUCCAAGACCCAACGAGACAGGGAUGAAGGUAGAGCAAGAUUAUACUAACGGUGAGCUAAGGGAGCAUACUGGCCUGAUUGGCAAAGGAGGAGCAAUGCAGGGAGAAGGUGACAUGGCGACCAUGGAUUGCAGGAGUUCUGCUCUGGUCGUUAUUGCUCUAAUAUUCGCACUGACAAUGGGAAUAACGAUUAUCGUGCGAUUAUACGCCCCUUCCCGAGCAACAAAACUCCAGAUGGAUCUGCCAUAA